GCGCAGCCCGAGUCCCGGCCAGUGCCUCUGUUUCCUGCUGGAGUUGAGCUUCCCAUACCCGCCCUUAGCAUGUCCGAGACUGCGCCUGCUGUGCCCGCCGCUCCGGCCCCUGCCGAGAAGGCGCCCGUGAAGAAGAAGCCUCGCAAGUCCGCAGGUGCCGCCAAGCGCAAGGCGUCCGGGCCCCCAGUGUCCGAGCUCAUCACCAAGGCGGUGGCCGCCUCUAAGGAGCGCAGCGGCGUGUCCCUGGCAGCGCUCAAGAAGGCGCUGGCGGCCGCCGGCUACGAUGUGGAGAAAAACAACAGCCGCAUCAAGUUGGGUCUGAAGAGCCUGGUGAGCAAGGGUACCCUGGUGCAGACCAAGGGUACUGGCGCCUCAGGCUCUUUCAAACUCAACAAGAAGGCAGCUUCUGGGGAAGCAAAGCCUAAAGUCAAGAAGGCGGGCGCGGCCAAGGCCAAGAAGCCUGCGGGAGCGGCUAAGAAGUCCAAGAAGGCGGCGGGGGCAGCCACCCCGAAAAAGAGCGCCAAGAAGACCCCAAAGAAGGCGAAGAAGCCGGCUGCGGCUACAGGAGCCAAAAAAGCGAAGAGUCCGAAAAAAGCGAAGGCAGCCAAGCCCAAGAAGACACCCAAGAGCCCAGCAAAGGCCAAAGCGGUGAAACCCAAGGCGGCUAAACCGAAGACCGCCAAGCCCAAGGCUGCCAAACCAAAGAAGGCGGCAGCCAAGAAGAAGUAGGAAGUUUCUUUGGCCAACUGCUUAGAGGCUAAAUACAACCCAAAGGCUCUUUUCAGAG